CAGCGGCAGGGACAACAAGAGCCUCUCGCCCCGAAACACGAAGGAAAAAAACCCGCAGACAGCGCGUGUCGACACACCCUCGGCGGACCCGCAGAGGAUUCUUGCACUUCGCGUUUAUGUAGAGAUUAUCAGCUUGCCACCAUGACGGCUGAGGAGAUCAUAAACGUGAAGGAGGUGGAGAUCAUCAAGGUGAUGUUGGACUUUCUGAACUCGCGCAAGCUGCACAUUAGCAUGCUAGCAUUGGAGAAGGAGAGCGGUGUCAUCAACGGCCUCUACUCAGACGACAUGCUCUUCCUCAGGCAGCUCAUUCUGGAUGGACAGUGGGAUGAAGUGUUGCAGUUUAUUCAGCCUCUCGAGUGUCUGGAUAAAUUUGAUAGAAAGAGGUUCCGUUACAUUGUUUUAAAGCAGAAGUUUCUGGAAGCUUUGUGUGUGAACAAUGCCAUGUCUGCUGAAGAUGAGCCACAGCAUCUGGAACUGACCAUGCAGGAGGCAGUCAAGUGUCUCCACGCUCUGGAAGAGUUCUGUCCAUCUAAAGAUGACUACAGCAAGCUCUGUCUUCUCCUGACGCUUCCCCGUCUCACCAACCAUGCCGAGUUCAAGGACUGGAACCCGAGUACAGCUCGUGUUCAGUGUUUCGAGGAGUCCUGCGGUAUGGUGGCUGAGUUUAUCCCCGCCGACCGAAAGCUAAGUGAAGCCGGGUUCCGUGCCAGCUCCAAUCGCCUCUUCCAGCUCCUGAUUAAAGGAGUAUUAUACGAAUGCUGCGUGGAGUUCUGCCAGAGCAAAGCUACUGGAGAGGAGAUCACAGAAAGUGAAGUUCUCCUGGGUAUCGACAUGCUUUGUGGAAACGGCUGCGACGAUCUCGACCUAAGUUUGCUUUCUUGGCUACAGAACCUGUCACCAAGCGUCUUCUCCUGUGCUUUCGAGCAGAAGAUGCUCAAUAUCCAUGUGGAUCGGCUUGUCAAACCAGCCAAGGCUGCCUACGCUGACCUGCUAACUCCGCUCAUCAGCAAGCUCUCCCCGUACCCCGCUUCUCCUCUCCGCCGGCCACAGUCUGCAGAUACAUACAUGUCUCGCUCUCUGAACCCAGCGCUGGAUGGCUUGUCCUACGGCUUGUCGCAGGAGAAGAGAGGAGUGACGACUGAUGGAGGGAAAACGUCACCCAUGUCGCACUCCUUUGCUAAUUUUCAACACAUGAACCGCAGUGUGAUGAUGGAGAAUUCAGGGUGUCACAGCAUCUUCGAGGAGUCACCAGAGAGCUCCAGAACUGAAACUCCAUCUGAUAAAAUGAUGAGCUCACCAGGUCCUCAAAACUCUCGCCCGGCCUCUGCCCCAGGUCAAGAUGCCCCAACACCUGGUUCUGAAGAAAAGAAUGAGUUGCGGGACUCCACCGACCAGUUUCAGGAAUAUUACCGCCAGCGUUUGCGCGUACAGCAGCAUCUGGAACAGAAGCAGCAGCAGAGGGAGCUCUACCAGCAGAUGCUGAGAGAGGGCGGAGUUCAGCAGCAUGAGGCCCCGCCCACUGCCAAGCACAACCUUACAGAAGCCUUCCUUACCAGGUCUAUUCAGCGUCUGGAAGAGCUGAAUGUGGGAAUGGAUGAUUUAGGAGAAGAGGUGCAGGCUCUCUCUCAGCAGUGCAAAGAAGGAACUAACAGCAACGGUGAAGUUGGAGACGCUUCAGCUACACCACAGACACAGGAUGGAGGUGGAGGAGCCAGCAGUGUGAUGAGCAGCACUCCUCAGAGGUCAGCGAGUCAAUCCGGCUUUCCUCCGUCCAGCCAGUCUCCUGUACUGACCAAGAGUGCCCAGAAAGACAAAACUGGACAGAACGACAGCAGUUUGACCCGCUCUAAAGGCCCAGAGAAAGAGAAGGCUAAAGCCAAGUUUGUGAUGGUCAACACUCUGGAGGACACGCAGGCGGUCCGCGCCGUGGCAUUUCACCCCACAGGAGCGUUAUACGCCGUCGGCUCCAACUCUAAAACCCUGCGUGUGUGUGCUUAUCCCGACACACUGGACACCAGUGGUUCGGGGACGAAUAAACCUCCUGUAAUCCGCUUCAAGAGGAACAAGCAUCACAAAGGUUCCAUAUACUGUGUGGCCUGGAGCCCCUGUGGACAGUUACUGGCCACCGGCUCCAAUGACAAAUACGUCAAAGUGCUGCCCUUCAACCCUGAGACCUGCAAUGCUACAGGUCCUGAUCUGGAGUUCAGUAUGCAUGACGGCACUAUCAGAGAUCUGGCGUUCAUGGAGGGUCCCGAAUGUGGAGGAGCCAUUCUGAUCAGUGCAGGAGCAGGAGACUGUAACAUCUACACCACCGACUGCCAGAGAGGACAAGGCCUGCAUGCGCUGAGCGGACACACAGGCCAUAUUCUGUCUCUGUACACGUGGGGCGGCUGGAUGAUCGCGUCUGGUUCUCAGGAUAAGACUGUGAGAUUUUGGGACCUGCGUGUUCCCAGCUGUGUGAGAGUGGUGGGAACAGCCUUUCACGGCUCAGGCAGUCCUGUGGCAUCAGUAGCGGUGGACCCGAGUGGGCGUCUGCUGGCAACGGGACAGGAGGACAGCUCCUGUAUGCUGUAUGACAUCAGAGGCGGACGAAUGGUUCAGACAUACAAGCCGCACUCCAGUGACGUCCGGUCUGUGCGCUUUUCACCUGGAGCUCAUUACCUGCUCACUGGAUCUUACGACAACAAGGUCAUCGUCACUGACCUGCAAGGUGACCUGACGAAGCAGCUGCCGUUGACUGUAGUCGGAGAGCAUGGAGACAAAGUGAUCCAGUGUCGAUGGCACUCACACCAGCUCUCCUUCCUGUCCUCCUCUGCUGACCGCACCGUCACACUCUGGACACAGGCCACGUAGAACACCACUGACCACUCCACAUAGACAACACAUGUACAAAUACAUCUGCUUCCGUCUGUUACCAGUCUGUAUUCAUUUCAUGUUCCUGAAAGGUGAGUUUUACAGUGGAAGUUCAACGCAAGCCCUUUAUUAUGCACAUAUAUUGUCUAACGGACUGCCAGAGUGUCUGAUGGCCUUGAGUCAUGCUUUCCACUAUAAAUGUGCUUCACGCUCAUCAUCCUUUAUGAAACACUGGACCAUUUUAGCAAUUUUUACAAUUAUUUGACCAGUUGUGAUUUCUCUCUUAUUUUAAUAUUUGACAUUUUGUGCUAAAACAGCUAUAAAUUAGCAGAUGUUUCUAUUUAUUUAUGACUAAAGCAGCAUCUUCCUGCACAUGUGGUUAAAAUAUGUUACAUUUUAAAAGUAAAUCCAAUGUUAAAGGGAUAGUUCAUCCAAAAAAAUGAAUUCUGUCAUCAUUUACUCACCCUUCACUUGUUCAAAAAUUGCUUGAAUUUGUUUAUUCCAUUGAACACUAAAGAUAUUUUAUUUAAAAGAUAUAUAUUUCUUGUGUGUUAAACAGAAUAAAGAAACUCAUGAAGAUUUAAAACCAUAUAAGGGAAAAUAAAUGAUGAUUUUUUUUUUGGGGGGGGGGGGUGAAUUAUCCGUUUUUAGGGGUAGUUCACCCAAAACUGAAAAUUGUCAUUAUUUACUUACUUUUUACUAUUCCCAAACCUGUUUGUCUUUCCUUCUUCUGUUGAACACAAAAGAAGAUAUUUUAAAACAUGUUAGAAACUUGUAACCAUUGACUGCCAUAGCAUUUGUUUAUUUUACUAUGGAAGUCAAUGUUUACAGGUUUAUGGCUCUCUUCAUAGUAUCUUCUUUAGUGUUGCGUAAAAGAAACUCAUAAAGGUUUCAAGGGAGAAUAAAUGGCGAAAAAAAUUUUUUUUUUGGGAUGAAUUAUCCAUUUAAAGGUAUAGUUCACUCAAAACUGAAAAUUCUGUGAGGAUUUACUCACCCUUAUCCCAAACCCGUUUGUCGUUCCUUCUCAAAAUCACAAAAGAAGACAUUUUUAAAAAUGUUGGAAACUUGUAACCAUUGACUUCCAUAGUAUUUGUUUAUCCUACUAUGGAAGUCAAUGGUUGCAGUUUUUUUGGCUUUCUUCAUAAUAUCAUCUUUAGUGUUCAGCAGAAGAAAGCCAUAAAGGUUUAAAACCAUAUAAGGGGGAAUAAAUGAUGAAAAUUAAUCUUUUUGAAGGUGAAUUAUCUGUUUAAAGCGAUAGUUCACUCAAAGCUGAAAAUUCUGUCAUCAUUUAUUCACUCUUUACUUAUCCCAAACCUGUUUGUCUUUCUUCUUUCUCGUAAUCACUACAAAAGAUAUUUUUUAAAAUGUUGGAAACCUGUAACCAUUGACAUCCAUAGUAUUUGUUUAUAAUACUAUGCAAGUCAAUAGUUACAGGUUUUUAACUUUCCUCAAAAUAUCUUUUUUUUGUGUUUAAAAGAAGAAAGAAAGCCAGAAAGGUUUAAAACAUAUAAGGGAGAAUAAAUGACAAAAAAUAUAUAUUUUGGGGGGUGAAUUAUCUGUUUAAAGAGGUAGUUCACUCAAUGCUUAAAAUUCUGUCAUCAUUUACUCACCAGUACUUAUCCCAAACCUGUCUGUUUAUCUUUCUUUUAUUGAACACAAAACAAGAUCUAAAAAAAAUGUUGGAAACCUGUAACCACUGACUAUAGUAUUUGUUUAUUCUUCUAUGGAAGUGAAUGGUUACAAGCUUUUUUUGGCUUUCUUCAUAAUAUCAUCUUUAGUGUUAUACAGAAGAAAGCCAUAAAGGCUUAAAACUAUAUAAGGGAGAAUAAAUGAUAAAAAAAAUUCUUUUUGGGGGUGAAUUGUCUGUUUAAAGGGAAAGUUCACUUAAAACUGAAAAUUCUGUCAUCAUGUACUCACCCUUUACUAUUCCCAAACCUGUUCGUCUUUCCUUCUUGUAAUCACAAAAGAAGAUAUUUUAAAAUAUGUUGGAAACCUGUAACCAUUGACUUCCAUAGUAUUUGUUUAUCCUACUAUGGAAGUCAAUGGUUACAGGUGUUUAGCUUUCUUCAAUUUAUCUUCUUUUGUGUUUAACAGAAGAAAGCCAUAAAGGUUUAAAGCCAUAUAAGGGAGAAUACAUGACGAAAUAUAUAAUUUUUGAGGGUGAAUUAUCUGUUUAAAGGGAUAGUUCACGCAAAACUAAAAAUUCUGUCGUCAUUUACUCACUCUUUAUUAUUCCCAAACCUGUCUGUCUUUUCUUCUUGUAAUGACAAAAGAAGAUACUUAUAAAAAUGUUGGAAACCUGUAACCAUUGACUUCCAUAGUAUUUUUUUCUCCUACAAUGGUUACAGGAUUUUGGCUUUCUUUAUAAUAUAUUCUUUACAAAGAAACUCAUAAAGAUUUUGAAGUAAAUAGUUGGUACAUUUUCAUUUUUUGUUAAACUAUCCCUUUAAUGAUAGUAUCUAUAGUCCUGUUUCACAAUGAAUGGCUGACAUCAAUGCACACUUUUAUUUUAAUCCACAUAUAUCAUCUAACUGCCUGCCUGUGCGUGUGUGCGAUACAAUUCUUUUCUGUUCCAUGCUUGACUAUAAAUAUGCUUUACAUUCAAUAACCUCUAUGAAACACUAAACCAUUCAUGGUGUACUUGGAUAAACAGACUCAGUGGUGUCAUGUGACCUAUAAUGUGGCCUUCCUGAGAUUUUACACCCUCUCCGUGCAUCCACCUUUCACUCUUGCCUGUUUGAAAAUAGACGCAAUGUUCAUUAAUUGAGUCCUUUCUAAUGUAACCGUAUGAAUGCGUCCAAUGCUUGGUCUGAAAUAUGGACAUUAUUAUUAUUAUUAUUAUUAUUAUUAUUAUGACCUGCUGCAAAUGUUGUAUCCAAAUUCAGCUGCUCGUGCAAAUCUUCGAAAAGGAAGUCAGUGUAUAAACUGCCUUUGUGAAAGUCCGUCAUUGAAAGUGGUUAAAGUGUGAAUUUCACUGUUUUGGCUUGGACUCUGAGCUGACGCCAUGGAGUGUUGAGUUUUAAAUGUACAUUAAUGAAGGGAAUCGGUGUCUUAAAAGCUUCAGGCUAUAUACGUAGUGCUAAUGAAACAUUGAUUUAAAUGUUUUGGGCCAUUGGCACGUAGGUUUGUUCAAUUUAACAAGUGAAAUCGUUUGAUACUAUGAUCUUGCACUUUUUUUUUGCGUGUUUUUUAAUAUGGGUUUUGUUUUUGUUGUAUAUAUUUUCUAAAGAUGUAGAUUUUAUUAUUUAAUUCAUUCGGUUAGGUUGUUAUUCAUGUUAAUAAUAUUUUAAAUCAAAGCCAAACUAACAUCUUGACAUGUUUAUGCUAAUGAGCAGCUCUCACAUGUAGUGGAAAAACCGUGUCGUUCCUGUAAUCCUUUCUUAAAUCAUAUUUGGACAUGCUGUAAGUGUCUACUACAGUAAAGGCUCAUGGGACAAGUGUGCUGCUGUUGUGUCUGAAUAAAUAACCCUAUUCUCUA